AUGUCCGAAUCCUCCAAAACACACCCGCAACCUUCUUCGAUCUCGCAGACUCCGACGCGUGCAUCCGAUAAAACUAACUCGAACGAAGUCAAGGAGCCUCCAUUCCUCCCCUCCAAUCUUCCCCAGCCCAAACUUCGUCUUCAUAUCAAUGAUAUCCGUCAUUCCGCGUCCAAAUCCUUCAUUUCGCUAAUCCCCGAUGUCACGUCUGUCCUUGAGAACGCCUUAGCCAUCAUCAUCCAGCACCUUUACACCCCUCCCCGACAAACAUCACGCGACGGAUCAUCGACGAAGAGCGGACCAAGACCCAACUUCACACCAUGUGUGCCUCAUACCCGGUCCGUUACGGUUCUCCUCCGCGAUAUCGAUGGCGUCGCAUACACAACCGGGAUCGAGUUGGACGAUGACCAUAAGGAGAUCCACCUCUCUCUCGCGUAUAUCCGUAAAUGUACAGGCUAUGCGGACCCGACGGCUGAGCUGGUUGGUGUCCUUACCCAUGAGCUAGUCCACUGUUAUCAACAUACUGCGUCCCCUUGGGCCAGCAGUGACCUUCGACCCCCAGGAGGUUUGAUUGAAGGGAUUGCGGAUUUUGUCCGUCUUAAGGCUGGCCUGGUACCGCCGCAUUGGAAGCGACCUACGUCUGCCAAAGAUCGACCACAAAAAUGGGACCAAGGAUAUCAGCAUACGGCAUACUUCUUAGCGUGGCUAGAGGAUGUUCGAGUGGGCAACGGCGCGAUCGGCAUGUUGAAUGAUCGAUUAUUGCGCGUGGGUUACAUAGGUCAACAUGACAAGGACGAGCCAAAUACUGCAGCAGGAAAGGAAUUUUGGGAGGGAUUGUUUGGAGCGAGCGUGGACAUGCUUUGGGAUGAAUAUGGCAGCUAUCUUGAUACCCUUAGUGGUAAGAUGGAUAUAGACAGAAAUAGUGGCACUUGGGAGGAUGAAAUAGUUAAUCCUGAAUAA